GGUCGCGUGAACUGGUCUAGUGGGACGGUAGGUCGCGAGCUCUUGCUGCAGGCUGCAGCUCAACUAUUCCCGCCGUGGUCGUCAGCCCGGAGCCUCCGCCAUGGACUUCGAGGACGAUUACACACACUCUGCUUGCAGGAAUACUUAUCAGGGCUUUAAUGGAAUGGAUCGUGAUUAUGGCCCUGGAUCUUAUGGAGGUCUGACAUUCAAGGAUAUUUAUCUAAAAAUUCUUCUUUUGAGUGCCAAUAAAGCAAAAACUGAUCCUAAAAGUGAAGAAGAAGAAAAGAGGCGGAUUGAGGCUCGGCGAGAGAAACAAAGGCGCAGAAGAGAAAAAAACAGUGAGAAAUAUGGAGAUGGAUACAGAAUGGCAUUCACAUGCUCAUUUUGCAAAUUUCGAACCUUUGAAGAAAAAGAUAUCGAACUGCAUCUAGAAAGUUCUUCACACCAAGAAACAUUAGAUCAUAUUCAGAAACAAACCAAAUUUGACAAAGUUGUUAUGGAGUUUUUGCAUGAAUGCAUGGUGAAUAAAUUUAAGAAAACAUCUAUUCGUAAACAACAGACAAAUAAUCAAACAGAGGUUGUCAAAAUAAUUGAAAAAGAUGUUAUGGAAGGUGUUACUGCAGAUGACCACAUGAUGAAAGUAGAGACUGUUCACUGCAGUGCUUGCAGUGUGUAUAUUCCUGCUUUACAUAGUUCAGUUCAGCAACACUUAAAAUCUCCUGAUCAUAUCAAAGGGAAACAGGCUUAUAAGGAACAAAUAAAAAGAGAGAGUGUCUUGACUGCCACAAGCAUUUUAAAUAAUCCAAUAGUGAAGGCACGCUACGAACGAUUUGUUAAGGGUGAGAAUCCUUUUGAAAUUCAAGAUCAUUCUCAGGAGCAGCAAAUAGAAGGAGAUGAAGAGGAUGAAGAAAAGAUUGAUGAACCCAUUGAAGAAGAGGAGGAUGAAGAGGAGGAAGAAGAAGCAGAAGAAGUGGGGGAAGCAGAGGAAGUGGAAGAAGUAGAGGAUGUGGGAGAAGUUGGAGGAAUAGAGGGAGAGGGGGAUGUAGAGGGAGGGGAGGAAAUAGGGCCAGUGGGGGAAGAUGGGGCAGUAGGGGAAGUAGAGGGAGCCGCAGAAGCAGAAGAAGUGGAGGAAGAGGCAAAGGAAGAACCUGUUGACUUCCCUGUUGAGCAACCUGAAGAAAAUUAAAUAUAAGGUAGUAGA